AUGGAUGAUCUUAAUAUGAUGCUAGAGUUUUCAUGUCUUUGCUACAUUUUUUUCCUUGUGGAGUUUGAAGGUGUAAAGAGAUGUUUGCGGGUAAUACUGCGAGAUACAGUGAGGGAGCUUGUGCAGAGGAAACACAUCAAAACCACAGUUGGCACCACAUUUAAAGCACGUAACAGGAUAGUACAGUACAGAGAAAUACAGUACACAGGUGGUGGUUUUAUACAUACAACACUGACACAAUCAGGAGGAGACAGGAUGAAGACAUGGACAUUUCCAAAUGAACAUCUGGGAGAGAGGUCUGCGACGCAGCAGCCGUGA